AUGUUUAUCCACGAUACACCAGCAGCAUUUUACGGAAGAGGUAUCAAAAUAACACAUGAUGCACUUGAAAAAUGGUAUUUAGAAUUUGAUAGUAGUAAAGAAGAAUUUGAAAAAUAUCUACUAAAUCAAACAUUCGAUAAUCCAUUAUUUGCCUGUUGGUCUCUUCGUGUCAAAUAUCGAGAAACAUCUAUUAAAACAAUAAUCGCGUGGCUUGAAAAACGUGAUAGUACUGAAGUUAACAGUCGAUGGUAUGACUUGAUCGUCGAGCUGGCAAGUCGAGGAGCUUGCGAACAAGAUUGGUGUCACACUAUUUAUAUUCUUGAUAACAAUCAAUGUGUGAUUCAUCGGCAAACUACAGCAUUGCUUAGUCAUGGUCUAACUGGUCUUUCGAAUUGGCCUGCAUCAAUAUCUCUUGGCGAUUAUCUAAUGAAAAGAAUCGACCGUCUCGGAAAUAAACGUAUUAUUGAGUUAGGUGCUGGAUCGGGUCUACUUGGUUUAGCUCUAUUGAAAUCUUCCGAUAAAAUUCUCUCGUAUACCUUUACUGAUUAUUCUUCAAUGAUUUUGAAUUUAUUACGGCAAAAUGUUUUAUUGAAUUUUUCAGAAGAUGUCGAACUGAAUGAACGAGUCAAGAUCGAAGAAUUAGAUUGGAAUCAAUAUUCAGCUGACGAGAGUAAUCGCGAUUGUUAUGAUGUGGUUUUAGCUACAGAUGUUGUUUAUGAUCCAUCGGUAAUUGAAAAUUUAGUCAAAGUACUAAAAAUUCUUCUAGAAAAUAAUAAACAAUCUUCUGCUUAUGUCGCCAAUGCUAUUCGUAAUGAAUCAACGUAUGAUCAAUUUCGACAAGCAUUAAACCAAUCAUCAUUGAAUAUUUGUUCGAUUGAAACAGACAAUUUACAAUCUAUUGAAAUUCUUCAACUAACUGCUCUGCCUUGA